AUGGAGUGUCCACUCGCCACCCCCUCCUCUUCUUCGGAGUCGAGCACGAACCUGCUGAGCCCCUUGAACCCCGAAAUCACCGAAAAUGAGUGCGACAGGGCGAGCGACAGCGGCCUGACGACGGCGAGCAGCGGUAGCAGUGACAUCAACUUCUGCAGCGCCGUGAGCCCCGUCGCCGCCGCCGCCGCUACCGCUGGCCUUGUCGAGGGCAACAUUGAUAUUUCGCGAAUGCGGUUUGAAUGCCGCUGGAACAGUUGUGGAAAGGUUUUUCGACGGCCGAGUGAUUUGACCAAGCAUGAGAGAUACCAUAUCAAGGAGUACCGCUGCGACGAGGCCGGCUGCGACAAGGCCUUUGCCACGCAAAAGGACCUCAAGCGGCACAAGAAGACGCACGAGACGCUCGACGGCGACAGCGCCGGGUACCGGUGCCGCGUCCCCGGGUGCCGAAAGGCCAAGACGGGGCAUGUGUACAACCGGCGCGACAACUUUGUCAGACACCUCCGGACGAAGCACGUGGGCAUGGAGUUUGACGUCAGAGAGGAGGUUGAGAUGAUGUACUGA